AUGAGUUAUGUCCUAUACCAUUACUUCGCAGACCCGCGAGAGUCUUAUGGCUUGGCAUGCGUUACCGUUGUAUUAUCGUUGACUGUCAGCAUUCUGUGCACAUUGCUGAUCCCAGUGGACAUUUACGUCAUCUCAGAGGGCGACAUAACCUCUGAGUCUCUGCAUGUCACAAUAUCGCGGGAGCACGUGCGGAACGCUUACAUGGUGCUUUUCGUAAUGCUCCUCGUCUGUGCCUUUGGACUCGUGCCCCACGCUUACUUCUACGGAGAAGAGCGAGGUGGCGACCUGGACGGCAAGUUGAACAAGCCGAGCUGUUGCAACGCGAUGAAGUCCACGUUUGUCUUCGUAGGUUUUGUUUGUGUGUUGCUCACCAUUGGCCUCAACUUCAGGCCUGGACACGCCGCCAGCCUGGACAAGGUCUGGGAAGGGCAGGACGGCGCGUUCAGGUGGUUGACGGACCUGCUCGAUCUAGACCACGACGGCUUGAAUGCGAUCUCGUUUUCAAUCGCGUGUUUGACGUCCGUGGGAGUGGUCGGGUGGGUGUUUUACACGGCGUACGGCAUGGCGGCCAUGCCCUUCGAUUGGCUCCAGAGGAAGCAAACGGCCACCGAGCAGCGGCAGGACCUGCAGUCGAGCCUGUCCAGCCUCCGCGAGAAGUAUCGCAUGAUCCAGUCAAAGUAUCCGUCGAACGAGGAUGGGUCGCUUGACCCCUCCUGCAUGAAGGCAGCGGAUCGGAAAGAGUUCUCGAGAUUACAGCGAGAGCAUAAGAGCCUGAUGCAGCACAACUACAAGUUGCAGGAGCUCGAGCAGAAGGCGGGCGCCGUCAUCCCGGCGUUGCUGCACUUCCUGGUGCCCUUCCGCUGGUUCAUUGGGGUGGGUAUGCUCGCCAUGAGCCUAUUGGUGGCCUCUUCGCUGCUGCUGACCCUGCUGGACAGGCUGCUAUAUUCUUCCUGCGGCUGGAGCUGCGGCUUCACUCUGAAGGAGCGGCAGAUCUUUAACCCCGCCGACGAGAUAUUCCUGAGCCUCUCGAAGGUGUUCCCCGCAGACUUUGUGGUCCUCGGCAUCUUUGUCCUCUACAUUUUCUCGUCCUCCGUGUUCGGCAUUGUUUCGCUGGGCAUCCGCGUGCUCUGCUUCACAAUGUACGACUUGCGGCAGCGCAAGUCCUUGCCACAAGCGUUGUUGGUACUCUGUAACGUGAUCGCGUACAUCUUGCUUGCAUUGUGCAUGGCGCUCCUCACCAUAGCCCCCAACUACACCUCGUUCGGCUCGCAGAGAUUCCAGAACGCCGAUGGCAGCACAGGCUUGUGCUCAUCCGACAGGGCAGCCGCGGACGGCAACGGAAAAUGUCAGGUAUCGGUGAUCUCGGCGUUCUUUACGCGAAUCGCUGUGGCGAUGCCGAUGUUCUCCGUGACGUAUUUCUUCGCCAAUUGGGCGUUCGUGGUGGUCUUCAGCGUCACCUUCACCCAAUCCGUCCUCUUCAGACAGCGCCAGCCCUUCCUGGACACCGGCCACGAGCUCGAGGAGGAGGAGAUUGGCCUGCUGAGCUUCGCGUGA